AUGCGACCUGUCAGGUUCGGUGUGUACGCACUAUCCAUGCGAAUGGACAUGAUUUCUCUAAUCAAACAGAGUUUCGGGGCAGACAAUUCAAACCCUAUCUGCAAAUUAUUUCGAAUCAACCGCCAGGUGGCCAGUGGCGGACACCUCCUCAUGUGGAGGAUCCACGAUGCCAUCAGGAUCAAGGACAAACUGCAGUGCACAGUUUUUGUUUACGACAAAAAGUUACCCGACCGCUAUUCUUUGGCCACUUCCGGAACUUCUACCUUCAGUCGCGCCAAGCAGCGAGAAGUCGUCUGCGAGUCGCUAAAGAAAGGACUGGAAAUCAUGAUUGACAGCAUAGCAUUCGCAACAGAACCCAUCCUUGCCAGCUUAUCCAAUCUUCUGGGAGCACAUGAAAGAAUUAGUAAUCCCAUACCGGCCAUACUGAAGGUUUUUGCCUAA